AUGCAGCAGCCAGCUCUUGUUGAUGGGCUCGCUGCAGCCAAAGCAGCAGCAGCAGCAGCAGCAGCAGUGGCUCCAGCAGCAGCAGCGCCAGCAGCAGCAGCACCAGCUGUAGCGGCUUCAAACGCAGCGAAUGCAGCAGAAGCAGCAGCAGCAGCAGCACUAGCAGCAGCGCCAGGAGUAGCAGCUCCCGCAGCAGCAGCAGCAGCAACUCCCGCUGCUGCAGCAGCAGCAGCGCCUGCAGCGGUAACAGCAGCAGCAGCAGCAGCAGCUGCACCGGCGAGGAUGGCAGCCGCUGCUGCAGCAUUUGCAGCAGCGGCACCGGCCAAGGAAACGUCAGCUGCUGCAGCAGCAGCAGCUGCAGCAGCAGCAGCGACCGGAGCAGCAGCUGCUGCUUCUCCCCACUCAACAUCUGUGUCUCCCUUUGCAGCAGCAGCAGCAGCAGCAGAAGCAGCUGCUGCUUCUGCUGCGGCUUCCCCCUCGAACAGCUUCGAGAGGGAGCCCGCAAACAACGCCCACAGCAGCAGCAGCAGCAGCAGCAGCAGCAGCAGCAGCAGCAGCAGCAGCAGCAGCAGCAGCAGCAGCAGCAGCAGCAGCAGCAGCAGCAGCAGCAGCAGCAGCAGCAGCAGCAGCAGGGGCAGCAGCGCAGCAGUAGCAGCAGCAAGAAGAGCAGCACCAGGGGUCCGCUACAGCAGCAGCAGCGGCGCCUGGUGCUGCUGCUGGCUGGAUGCAGCAAACAGACACAAGUACAAGUACUUCAGGGUUAGGGACUUCGGGGACGAACAGGCGCGGCUGCUCGCGGAGAAGUACUGGAGCCUCAAAGUAGCAGGAGGAGAUGCGGAGCAGCAGCAGCAGCAGCAGCAGCAGCAGCAGCUGCAGCAGCAGCAGCAGCAGCAGCAGCAGCAGCACGGUCUUGAGUCCCCUGCGUCUGCUGACUCUGUGUCUGUCUCUGGCUGCGGCGGCGCAGCCGCCCCAGCCGCAGCAGCAGAAGCAGCAGCUGCUGCUGCAGCGUCGCCAGCAGCAGCAGCAGCAGCAGCAGCAGCAGCAGCAGCAGCAGCAGCAGAGCUGCCAGAAGGGGUUUACUCGCGAGGGUCUGGGCUGAAUGCUUCUUGGAUUUGUCGCUGGUCUUCGGGGGGCCGCAAAUACAGCCGCAGCUUUGCUGCUUCCAAGUACGGCCCUGCAACGGCCCGAGAGUUGGCGCUGAAGUUCCGGCAGCAGCUAAAAGACGCAGAGGCAGCAGAAGGCAGCAGCAGCAGCAGCAGCAGCAGCAGCGCGUCUGCUGCAGCAGCAGCAGCAGCAGCAGCAACGCCGGACACAGAAGUGCUGUUCACCACGGACCCCGACCCCCCCGACUCCAGCAGCAGCAGCAGCAGCAGCAGCAGCAGCAGCAGCAGCAGCAGCAGCAGCUGCUGCUGCGGCUUCCGGUUUGACGCGGAAGGGCUCCGCUGGAUCUGCUGGUGGAGGUCCGGAGCAGCAGCAGCAGCAGCAGCAGCAUUUGUUGUGGGGCGGUAUCCUUUUGCUGUUGCGAAGAAAAAAGCUGCUGCUCUUUUUCAGUCUAGGGUUUUGGAGCUGCAGCUGACUAGCGGCUGCAGCGGGAGAGUGCAGACGAAGCAGCUGCCUGCUGCUGCUGCUGCUGCUGCUCUCGCUGCUGCUGCUGCUGCGCAGGCUGCGGAGCAAGAGCAGCAGCAGCAGCAGCAGCAGCAGCAGCAGCACCUGCUGCAGCAGCAAGACACAAGGUCUCCUGAGGACACGCCCAGAAGCAGCCCCGUCAGCCUCAGGGGGCUGCGGGAGUCCGCAGCAGCAGCAGCAGCAACAGCAGCAGCAGCAGCAGCAGCAGCAACGGCAGCAGCAGCAAAGAUUCCUCCCGUGCUUCCUCCGUUUCUGCAGCACCUGCCGCAGGCCUUCGUAGCCGAAGUGGUUGCUGCUGCAGCAGGAGGCGGGUUUGCUGCUGCUGCUGCGCCUCCUGGGGCUGCAGAUUCUGCUGCUGCUGCUGCUGCUGCUGCUCCUGUUACUGCUGCUUGUGGCCCGUCGGUGUCUCUGGACUCUCUCGACCCCUCUGACCCAGCAGCAGCAGCAGCAGCAGCAGCAAGUGCUGCUGCUGCUGGCGUGCGGGGCUGCGUAUACUACGAAGCCUCCGGCAGCAGCAGCAGCAGCAGCAGCAGCAGCAGCAGCAGCAGCAGAGGUAAGUGGGUUGCCAGCUGGGUCUCAGAAGGAUUCACCCGCUGCAGGUUUUUCCCCGUUGCAGCAGCAGCAGCAGCAGUUUCUGGCUGGGCAGCAGCAGCAGCAGCAGCGCAGCAGAUGGCUCGCGUGUGGCUACAGCUUGUCCUGUGCAAGGCAGCAGCAGCAGCAGCAGCGGAAUCGGCGCAUGACCAGCAGCAGCAGCAGCAGCAGCAGCAGCAGCGACAGCAACAGCAUCAGCAACAGCAAGGGCAAGCACUAAGUGCGCAGCAGCAGGAAUCUAAACAGCUGCUGCAUCUGCAGCAACCGCAGCAGCAGGAGGCACAGCGCCAAGAUUCUCAGCAACAGCAGCAGCAGCAGCAGCAGCAAGAGCAAGAGCAACAGCUGCUGCAGCAGCGCCAGCAGCAGCAGCAGCAGCAAGAGCAUGAGCAACAACUGCUGCAGCAGCGCCAGCAGCAGCAGCAGCAACAGCAAGAGCAACAGCUGCUGCAGCAGCGCCAACAGCUGCAACAGCAGCAACAGCAAGAGCUGCAGCAGCAGCAACAGCAAGAGCUGCAGCAGCAGCAGCAGCAACUUUUGCAGCAGCAGAUGCAGCAGCAGAAGCUGCAGCAGCAACUGCAGCAGCAGCAGCAGCAGCAGCUGCAGCAGCAGCUGCUGCUGCCACCUGUGAAGGAGGAGCCUUCACAGCUGGCUGCUCGGCCCGCAGCAUUCUCCGCAUUACUUUCAGCAGCAGCAGCAGCAGCAGAACAAAAGGCAGCUGAGCAGCCAGGAGCAGCAGCAGCAGCAGCAGCAGCAGCAGCAGCACAAGUAGCACCCGAGCCAGCCGAAGCGGCACCAGACGGGGCAGCAGCAACAGCAGCAGCAGCAACGGCAGCAGCAGCACAUGCAGCAGCAGCAGAACUGGAAGCGCUGCAGCAGCACUUGAGCUGCUGCAGCGGCCGCCCUGGUCUCUCGUUUGCUGCUGAUAAGGGACAGUGGAUCAUCGACACAGUUAAGGCCCUGCCUGCUGCUGCUGCUGCUGCUGCAGCAGCAGCAGCAGCAAACAACAGCCUCCUCACUUUCAGUGUGCACACUCUGGGGUGGCAGGGGGCCCGAGCUGCUGCUGUUCGCUGCUACGACGAAUUGGCAGCAGCAGCUGCUGCAGCAGCAAAGACAGCAGCAACAGCAACGGCAGCAGCAGCAUCAGCGACUGCAGCAGCGGGUGCUGCUGCUAUGGAGCCUGCGUGCAGCAGCAGCAGCAACUGCAAGGAUGGUUCUGCUGCGUUUGCUGCUGGUGAGCCCGCAGCAGCAACAGCAGCAGCAGCUACUUCUCCCUCAGACGCAGCCACGAGCCCAGCAGCAGCAGCAGCAGCAGCAGCAGCAGGUACAGCAGCUGCAGCAGGGGUUAAGCAGCAGAGGGGAGGUGGGGGCGGGCGGCAGCAGCAGCAGCAGCAGCUGCCGUCUCUUGAGGAGCUGCUUGCUGCAGUGCAGCGAGUAGAUGUCCCCUGCGAACCAGCAGCAGCAGCAGCAGCAGCAGCAGCAGCAGGUAGGCGCCAGCUUUCCCACAGUCUCAGCGGCGAAGCGCUGCCUAGCAGCAGCAGAAGCAGCAGCAGCAGCAGCAGCAGCAGCAGCAGCAGCUGGACUCUACAGAAUCUCUUUAGGCCGCACCUCCGCUUCAGCCGCAGCACAGCAGCAGAUGCAUUUAAGGGGGGCGCGUGGAGACUUGAGUGGCUGCAGCUGCGGCAGCAGCAGCAGCAGCAGCAGCAGCAGCAGCAGCAGGAGCUGCUGCUGCAGCAGGUGAGCUGGCCGGUGUACGUGCAGCAGGUGGGCGAGCAGGCUGCGUUGCUGCUGGCUCUGAACCUGCAGCAGCAGAUUGAAGCAGCAGCAGCAGCAGCAGCAGAGCCGCAGGAGCUGCAGCAGCAAGUGCAGCAGCUGCUGCUGCAGUCCGUCGCGCUGCAGCGGGAGUGCAUCAGCAGCAAAGGCAGCAGGAAGCAGCAGCUGGAGCAGCAGCUGCCCACCAGCGUGCUGCAGGCAGCACAAGCUGUGCGGGACAGCAGCAGCAGGAAGCGCCAGGGAGCAGCAAAACUGAGUGUUGCUGCUGCUGCUCCUUCUGCUGCUGCUUCUGCUGCUGCUUCUCCUGUUGCUUCGCUCACAAUGUCUCCCGCUGCAGCACAUAUAGCCUCCCCCGUUGCUGCAGCAAGUGCUGCUGCUGCUGCCUUAGAUGGAGCAGCAGCAGCUCCGCUGCCGCCUGCUGCUCGGGCAACUCCCCUGUCAUCAGCAGCAGCAGCAGCAGCAGGACCUGCUGCUGCUGCUUCGGGGGCCGUACAAGUAGACGCAGCCACGCUAGCGCUCCACGGGCGGCUCCUGCUGCUGCAGCGGCAGCAGCAGCAGCAACAGCUUCUGCAGCAACAGCAGCAGCAGCUUUUGCAGCAGCGGCAGCAGCAACUGCUGCUGCAGCGACAGGCAUUGUCGCUGCAGCAGCAGCUCACACCGGAGCAGCUGCAGCAGCUGCUGCAGCUGCGGAGACUGAGCGAGCCAUCGCAGCAGCAGCAGCAGUAUCUGCUGCAGCAGCAGCUGCUGCAGCUCCACCUGCAGCAGCAGGCGCAGCAGCAAAGGCUGCUGCAGCAGGAGCAGCAGCAGCACAAGAAACCCAAAUUAGACACAGCAGCAACAGCAGCAGCGGCAACGGCAGCAGCAGCAGCAGCAGGAAGCUGUGGGAAGUCUCCCGAUGUGGCAGUCAAUGCACUGCGCCCUGUGCAGCAGCAGCAGCAGCAGCAGCAGCAGCAAGUCGACCUCUCCAUACCCCUGGCCCACGCAGAGAGCAGCAGCAGCAACAGCAGCAGCCAAAUAGGUCUUUCUGCCUCUGCUGCUGCAGCAGCAGAAUGA